UCUCUCUCUCUCUCUCUCUGAGCAGGAAUGUGGAAACGGGUCCAGUCAGUCAGCUCAGCUCCGCACGUCUCUGCACAGCACAGGAGUGAAUAAUUGAUCUUUGCCUCGGUUAAAUAUAUUGAUGAGGAGGAAGUGAUUUGGAUUCUGCGCUCACUCUUUUUUCUUUUUCUUUUUUUUCUCGUGGAUUCCCAUUCUCAGGACACAUCCCUCUCUCUCUCUCUCUCUCUUUAUUUUUUCCUCGACUGAAGAAAAGUUUGCUCUGAGACACAAACACAGCUGGAGGAGUCGGCAGAUGGAAAUAACCUCUCAGUGUCCACCGAGCGCACCUUAUUCCGGAGCUCUCCCAACAUGGACCCGGAGUCACUGAGAAGGUGAAGACUGCUUGUGUGUUAAAUGCUCACUGCGAGGCUUCCCACAACAACAGCGACUGCUCAUAAAACUGCUGUUAGUUCAGUGACUGUGUGAACUCGUUCGGGCAGACUGUUUACCAUGGCGUCUAGUCUGACAUGUACGGGUGUUAUCUGGGCCCUGCUGUCCCUGCUGUGUGCUGCUGCCUCCUGCGUUGGCUUCUUCAUGCCCUACUGGCUGCUGGGUACACAGAUGGAUAAGCCCGUGUCCUUUGGUACCUUUCGGCGCUGCUCCUACCCAGUGAGGGACGAGGAGAGGCAGGCCACGGUGAUGCUGGAGCAGUGUGGGCGCUACGCCUCCUUCAACGGCAUCCCGAGUCUGGAGUGGAGGAUCUGCACGGUGGUGACGGGCGUGGGAUGUGGCCUCCUCCUGCUGGUGGCACUCACAGCUCUCAUGGGCUGCUGCAUCUCUGAUCUCAUCUCACGUACAAUUGGCCGUGUGGCCGGCGGCAUCCAGUUUGUUGGAGGUCUGCUCAUAGGCUCUGGAUGUGCACUCUAUCCGCUGGGAUGGGACAGUGAGGAAGUACAACAGACCUGCAACAACAGCUCAGACCAGUUUCAGCUAGGUUCCUGCCAGAUCGGAUGGGCAUAUUAUUGCACAGGGGCAGGGGCGGCGGCGGCCAUGCUGCUGUGCACCUGGCUUUCCUGUUUCGCCGGGAAGAAGCAGAAGCAGUACCCGUACUGAAGAGAGAGAGAGACGGGUACGGGCGGACGGAGACCUCAAGGCGAUGCGGCGAAAGGGAGAGUAGUCUGACUCUGUGGACUCACACCAGUACAGCACAUCAGGCACCAAAGACACCAAGUCAUUGUGGUGCUCUGCACAUCAUGGGACACUACUCAUCUGACAACUGCAGGGACUGUUUCAUUAUGCAGCACAUACACACACACAUGCGUACACACACACACACACACACAGCUUUGAAAACUGGUUCUUCUCUUAAAAGUUGUUCUUAAAUGAAAAAUGUACGGACCAAUCCUAUUUGUAAAAUUGUUACAUAACUAUUUCUUUCAUGAGAAGUGUGUCCGCCUUUUUAUUUCUGUGUCUUCCUCCACUUCCGUCAUUGAUGUUUAUGUGAUAGUGUGCCCUGUGAUGAAGAGAAAAAGUAAUAUUGCUUCAUUGUUACGUGAAGUGUUUCUGUCUCCUCUUCAUGUCUCAUCCUUGCCUUAAAACACAAACUGAAAUGCAAUAAUCCCCUAUACCUAAUGUAAAGCAAUCCAACACUGGCUGCCUGCUUCCUCAAUUCAGCCUUUUCAGAUUCCAAAAGAAAUCUAAGCAUAGUUUAUUUAACACGUUCAUAAAGUAUACGUCGUGUAUGAUAAUGUAUUUUAUCAUAUUAGCACAUGUUUUGUAUUCACUCUUCAAAUUAUUCUUUGUCAUUAUUUUUUCUGUUUUGUAAAUAAAUGUUUACUGAAG